AAUGCCCAUUUAUAAAGAAAAUGGUCAUGCCAACUCUAUGCAACAUUUUUUUAGCAGCCUCUCAAAACAAACCAUAAAAGUCCUAUGAUGCUCUUCUUCUCUGGUGUCGCAAUGGAGAGCACCGACUCGUCGACCGGAUCACAGCAGCCGAACCUCCCACCGGGAUUCCGGUUCCACCCCACUGAUGAGGAACUAGUGGUACACUACCUCAAGAAAAAAGCUAGCUCCGCUCCUUUGCCGGUUGCAAUUAUUGCUGAGGUUGAUUUGUACAAGUUUGAUCCAUGGGAAUUGCCAGCGAAGGCAACGUUUGGUGAACAAGAAUGGUACUUUUUUAGUCCGAGAGACAGGAAGUAUCCGAAUGGAGCGAGACCGAACAGGGCGGCUACCUCGGGUUACUGGAAGGCAACCGGGACGGAUAAGCCGGUGUUGACUUCGGGAGGGACUCAAAAGGUUGGUGUGAAGAAGGCACUGGUUUUUUAUGGAGGGAAGCCCCCUAAAGGGAUCAAAACCAAUUGGAUCAUGCAUGAAUAUAGGCUUGCUGAUAAUAAGACUAACAACAAACCCCCUGGAUGUGACUUGGGCAACAAGAAAAACUCACUAAGGCUUGAUGAUUGGGUGUUAUGUCGAAUCUACAAGAAAAACAACGCGAAUAGACCUCUGGAACAUGAUAAAGAUGACUCCAUGGAUGACAUGCUUGGUACUGUACCGCCUUCAAUAUCAAUCGGUAGCCAACAUAAUCCAAAAUUCCACUUCUCAACAAAGGGAACAAGUUUUGGCACAUUACUAGAACAUCAAGAACAUAAUAGUUUGUUUGAUGGAAUGAUGGGGAGUGAUGGGAUUAACAGUGCCUCCAUGGUUAACCCACUCAAAAGGACCCUCCCAUCGCUUUACUGGACCGACGAUGAAACCGCUGGACCAUCGACGAGCAAGAGAUUCCAUGGGGAUAGCAAUGAUGGGAGCAUGGAGAAAACAGAUGGGAAUGGUUCAAUUGCCACUCUGCUCAGCCAGCUACCACAAACCCCUCCAUUGCAGCAGCAACAAGCAGCAAUGUUGGGGUCAAUGGGAGAUGGGAUAUUUCGUCCUCCACAUCAACUUCCAGGACUCAACUGGUACUCUUAAUUAAAUUUCCAGGUAGAGUGGGGGUCAAGCUGUCAGUAUCAUGUUACAUAAUUGUUGAUACAGUCGUCAAAAUUAUAGUGUCUGAAGCAUUUGGGAGUAUUGGGAUAAAAAAGAUUUGAGAUUUUGGUUAUUAGGGCAGAGAUUAGAUGAAUCAGGCCUCAUUGUUUCUUUGAGUGUAACAGUUAGCUGCCAAAUUUCAUCUCUUGAGGCCAUAGGUAAAUUUUAUAAUAUAUAUAUAGUUAUAUAGAUUGUAUACAUACAUACAUACAUACAUACAUUCAUACAUAUAUAUAUAUAUAUAUAUAUGUAGUUUGUUGUUUAUUAUAUAGAGAGAGAUGCAAUGAAAAAGAAGAAAAGGGUGGGGGUGAAUGAAGGAGGUGGAAACUUGCUGUAGAAAAUAAAUAAUAAUAACUGAUGGAUAUGAUAAAAUAUUUUGUUUUAGGAUACAAAACUGAAAAUCUUGUACAGAAAUCCUUGUUGAUGAUGCACAUUUUAAGAAUAUAUUGUUUUAUAGUUUGUCUAUAUCAA